UCUGCUAACCUCCGCGAAUCCACAAAUUUCUUGUUUCGUAUAGGACUAUAUUCACUCUUGUUUUUUCUGAACUCUUACUCAACCCUUUGGUCCGUUCGGGGAAGAAUUCUAUGGAAUCACAGUAGGAUAGACCUGCUUUAAGUGAAAAUGUAAGAAAGUUUUCACCGGAGUCCGGCAAGAAUCGUUGCUUUCAAUAAUGGCGUUACAGCCAUUCACUAAAGAGCAAUUGAACUACUUCAAGUUUGCUCUCAUCGCGCUCAAUGAGAUCCCCAAGGCAUUACGUCAAGCUUUCAAACAGAUGUGGGACACCAAAUUUGCGUCUCUACCUAAUUUCCAGGCGUGGGAUGACUCUAAUAAAGUACGUACGCUGUUUUUAAGAACUGAGGGUGGAGCAACCAAAGUCCCCACAAAUCGCUCCUUUGAUGAAUGGGAUUGUACAGCCCUUUUCCAGGCCACCAUCCAUGCACGGUCCUUUGCUUUACCAGACAGCAAAGGCCAUCAUAGGACGCUCUAUGAUUUGUACGUGAGUCCUUGUAAAUUACCACAUGGUACUUUCCAUUCUUCUGUGGUUAGUUCUACUGGAGAUAACGCAGAAACCAUUGCACUCGCGAUCGAUCAGAUUCGUUUGUUGAGAAAUUCGUUCUGUCACGCAUUUAAAUCCGAAUUGGACAAAACAACGUUUGAUCUAUAUGUUAAACUCGCGAAAGACGCGAUCAAGGCGCUUGGAGUCAAUACUGGCCCCAUUGAUGCUGUUGGAAGUUUGACUGAGUCUGACUUUCCUACUAAGGAGGUUCAGAAGAUAAGGGAUGACAUCAGAAAAGAGGUUCAAAAAGAAAACGAAUUUCUCAGAGAAGUUCUCGGGGAAGGUGUGAAAGAUGAGCUAAGGGUUCUACAGGAAUCGCAAAGGGAAGGUAUUCAAGAACUGAAGAAAGCAAUUGAAACGGUCGAUACAGCAAGCCAAGAGAUGAUAAAUAGAAAGUUUGCCGACUUUGACAAGAAAAGAAUUGCACGUGAGAAAAAUGUAGAAGAUGAGCUAAAGCUCUUGCAAGAAUCUUACUUAGAAAGCACUUUGGACCUGAAGAAGACCUUUGGGAUGGCAAACGCUGCCGGCCAAGAAAUGAUAAAUGCAAAGUUUUCCGAGAUUCAAACUGAAAGCAGCGCACUCAGAAAAGCUUUUAAACGUGAGAUGAAGUUAUUACAGGAAUCACGUGGUGACGAUACUGUGGACCUGAAAACAAUCGCUUCUAGCCAAACGGUGGUGACGCAAAAAAUUUCCGAGCUCAACCAAACGAUCAAAGACCUACAGAAGGAGGAGAGUUCAGGUUAUAAACCCUGUUUACCUCGAUCAAAUCUCCCUCCGAUGGUUCCACAUUUCACUGGUCGCGAGGAGGAGUGUGACCAGAUUAUUGGUCACGUGACUUCUGAAUCGACACGAAUCGUAUCCGUUUGGGGCUCUCCAGGGUUUGGAAAGACGUCCACGGCAAUUGUUGUGGGGCAUCGUCUUCGUGAACGGGGUUUGCCUGUCUACUUUAUUUCAUUACGUGGGCUGAAGUCAAAAGGAGACUUAAUGUCAAAACUACUUAGCUUCUUUCGGACUGAUAAAUCAGCGAAUCAAGGUUUAACUGUUGAAGAUGAAAUCGGUUUCAUUUUUGAACGACUGUCGGAUCACUGUGUGCUGAUCCUUGAUAAUGCUGAUGAUUUGUUUGAAUGUGGUGCGCCAACCGUGAAAGAGGAGACUGUGAAUCUGCUGAAAGAGAUUCUCAACCGCAGUGAAAAGGUAGAUUUUCUUUUAACUACGAGGGAGUCAAUGGCUUUUAUGAAUGUGUCUUUACAGGGACACCAGUCUGUUAGGAUAAGAGAACUCGAAACAUCAUCGUCCAAGACUUUGGUGACAGAGCUACUUCCGGAGUUCGGAUCUUGA